AUGGCUGCAGACUCACGGAGAGGAGCACACUGGACAGUAAGGUCCCCUAAACUGCUCCAGGUCCUGAGCGCUCUGGAGGAGGGCGAGUUUGGCAGCAACAGGGAGGAGAUUUUCCUUGCACCCCUUGACAAUGCCUCUGGGGACUUUGCUAAUGAGAAUUCUGGGGGAGAAGACAGUGAGCAGAAUGGUGCCUAGCUGCCUGAAUGGGUGCUGCGUGCAUUAGUUGGGGAGGAGGAGGGGGAGGAGGAGGAGGAGGAGGAGGACUCAGAGCUGCAGCCAGCCAAGAAAAAGCAGCAGGUAGCAGGCAAGCCUCAGUGUCUUUGGACCAAGAGAGACACCCAUCCAGACUUUGGUAGCUGGGAAGUCUCAGAUCCUCAUAUAGAGGACCUCAAAACCAAAGAGCUGAGUCUUGUGGGCCUCUUUGAACUGUUUUUUGGUGACGGGACAACCAGUUACAUUGUUCAUGAAACCAACCGUUAUGCUCACCCUAAAUCUCAUGACUUGGAACUGAAGUGUGUUUUGGGCAUCUUGAUUUUAAGUGGGUACAUCUUCUAUCCAAGGAGGCUGAUGUUUUGGGAUGUUGAUGACUCUCAUCAUCGCCUUGUGGCUGAUGCUAUCAGAAGGGACAGGUUUGAGCUGAUCUUCUCCUACCUGCGUUUUAUGGGUAACAGUGGCCUCGAUGAUGAAAGCGAUAGGUUUGCCAAGUUCAGGCCCCUCCUCGUCCGUAUGAACUGUCACUUCCAGAAGCAUGCUCUCCGAGAGUUCUACAGUUUUGGCGAAUCUAUCUGUGAGUACUUUGAGCACUGGGGAGGGGGUUUGGGGGGGGGGGGCGGUGUCCAAGCAUCUGCACUCAGGGAAGCCAGUAGGGCUGGGCUACAAGAUCUGGUGUGGGCCGACCUGCAGAGGCUACCUGGUGUGGUUUGA